GCCUGUGUGCCUUGGGUAUUUAAGUUUCAAAUGCCUCUGAAGUCUUAUGUCUACUCAACACCCUCGGUUACAGUGUGUUAGUACGCUGCAGAGCCAGUCGCCAUCUCCGACCAUAAUACCUACUAAUACUCGUUCACGAAUUCCAAUCCAUAAAGCGAAUCAUGGCUUUGGGUGCACUCCUGGUGGUAACGUCGCAUCUAAUUCAGUCCAAGCUAUCAUGCAGAGAAAUUGAAGCUGGCCGCAAAGACAGGAGUCUAGCACAGAACUCCCCUAUUAAGACAGAAGCAGAGUCGCAAAACUUCUCUUCUGCUCCGCAGACCACUACUAAGACACACAAUAAGCCACUACGAAGGAUUCACUCGGUGGCCUCGCUACACUGGGCUGGAAAAAGCUGAUGAGGUACCCUGGGACCCAGAUCAUUGAGUAAUAACUUACAUGUACUCACGUUAUCAUGCCAGGGUUUUGGAGGUUCUAUGAAGGCCGGAAUUCUCCCUCCAAUAGCUAGAUGUAAGUAACUAGUGAAUGAUACUGCCAAUAUCAAUUGCU